AUGAAUGCACGCCGGGCCCUGCUCUCCGCCGCCUUGCUCGCCAGCCUCCUCUGGGAUUUACCUUGCUGCCUCCCGGCUUCCCUCCCUACCUCCUCGGAGCUCGCCGCCUCCUCCAAAGGUGGUCGCAGCCGCAGGGUGCCGCGGUCCCCACGGGAAAACCGCCCGCGGCAAGGGGGACACGCCAUGGACCGGGCGCUCCCGCGGGCAGAACCCCACGAGUACAUGCUGUCUCUGUUCAGGACUUACUCUAUCGCGGAGAAACUGGGCAUCAACGCCAGCUUUUUUCAGUCGUCCAAAUCCGCCAACACCAUCACUAGUUUUGUAGACAGGGGACGAGACGAUCUCUCGCCCGCUCCCUUGAGGCGGCAGCAGUAUGUGUUUGAUGUGUCGACCCUCUCGGAGACGGAGGAGCUCGUGGGGGCCGAGCUGCGCCUGUUCCGCCGCCCCCCCCAGGGCCGCCCGCCGCCCGCCGCCCCGCUGCACGUGCAGCUCUCCGCCUGCCUCUCGCCGCGACCGCUGGACUCCCGCGCCCUGGACCCGCGGGCGGCCUCGUCCGCCGGCUGGGAAGUGUUCGACGUGCGGCAGGGCCUGCGGGAGCAGCGGCCCUGGAAGCGGCUGUGCCUGGAGCUUCGGGCCUCGGCGGACCGAGGGCCGCGGCGCUGGGUCGACCUGCGGGCCCUGGGCUUCGCGCGCCGGCCGCGGCCGCCGCAGGAGCGGGCGCUGCUGGUGGUCUUCACCCGCGCCCGGCGGCGGAGCCUCCUCGGGGAGCUGCGCGCCGAGCUGGGCGCACCCCCGCCGCCCGCUGCCCGCCGCCCGCCGGCCCGGCGCCAGCGCCGCACCGCCUUCGCCAGCCGGCACGGCAAGCGGCACGGCAAGAAGUCCCGGCUGCGCUGCAGCAAGAAGCCGCUGCACGUCAACUUCAAGGAGCUGGGCUGGGACGACUGGAUCAUCGCCCCGCUGGAAUACGAGGCCCACCACUGCGAGGGCGUCUGCGACUUCCCGCUGCGCUCCCACCUGGAGCCCACAAACCACGCCAUCAUCCAGACCCUUAUGAACUCCAUGGACCCCGGCUCCACGCCGCCCAGCUGCUGCGUCCCCACCAAACUGACCCCCAUCAGCAUCCUCUACAUCGACGCGGGCAACAACGUGGUGUACAAGCAGUACGAGGACAUGGUGGUGGAGUCCUGCGGCUGCAGGUAG